CCAGGUUUGGGAAGUAUCAGGCAUAUCCAUAGACCUCACUCAUUUUCCUCUUUCAUCGUUCAUACCCUACCCCUCAGGCAUCUUCACAGGUACACACCACUACCUCAUAUAUUUUCACUCUACCCACUCCCUCCGAUCCGGACCGCUGGCCAGGUUCUGGACCUAGUUACCCGCGCCCGCCUUCAUCUCUGCCCCGCGCCGGUGUCAGACGUCAUACACCUAUCUCCAUUGCACACGACCCCCGAAAGAAUUUGUCUGGCGCCAGGGAAGUUGAGACCUCACAACCAGGUCAUUAGCAACUCGCUCCGAGAGCGUCCUGUACAGUCAUGUUCGCUACUAAGCGGUUGGGCAAGGAGCUCCUUAAGAUGAAAGAGCACCUUCCACCCGGGAUUACAAUCGCCAAGUCGGAAAAUUUAGAAGAGUGGCAUAUGGAUCUUCAAGUGCUGGAUGAUAAUCCGCUGUAUCAGGACCAAACCUACAGACUCAAGUUCACCUUUGGGUCGAAAUACCCGAUAGAACCCCCAGAAGUCCAAUUCAUCGAAAGCCCCAACACCCCCUCCACCCCCCGCCCGAUCCCUAUCCACCCCCACAUCUACAGCAACGGAAUCAUCUGCCUCGACCUUCUCAGCUCCGCCGGCUGGUCCCCCGUGCAAACAGUCGAAAGCGUCUGCGUCAGCAUCCAGAGCAUGCUAACGGCCAAUACGCGCAAUGAGCGACCACCCGGUGAUAGCGACUUCGUCUCGUAUAACCGGCGGAGACCGCGCGAUAUCAACUUCUUCUAUGAUGACGAUAAUGUUUGAUAUAUAGCGCUCUGGCAGAUGUUGGUGGUGUCGUCAUAGCUUGCUUGGAAUGGGACAGACUCGUGGAAGAUGGAGGGAGUUGAGAGAGAGCACCGUCCCAGGGUGUGGUUAUACGCCGGUUUUCUUUCGGGGGACAGACAGGGGGUAUCCUCGAUAGAAAGGAGGAAGGAGAGCAUGGUCUCGUUCUUUUGGUUCGCUUGUUGGUACCUACCCCUCCCCACUCUUCAAUCAAUGCAUUGGUAUAGGCGCAAGUCCUUUCCGGGAGUUCUCAUGGCUGGGUUGAUGGUGGACUUCCUAUUUAUCAUUAUCAUCAUCAUUAUCACCAUUGUUAUUAUCCUUGUUUUUAAACCCUCUUCCGUUGUGACUUAUCAUCUACAUACCUACCUAGAAUAUCAUGCAC